AUGGUUGGAUUGUCGAUAAACGCCAAGGACAAGCUGGAAAAUGGGCAGAUGCAUGUUUUAAUGAAGGGGGAUGGUGAGUAUCUAUGCAAGUUUUGAAAAAUCAAACCUCAAGUCCGAAAUUCAAAAAUGACGUCCCUUAAUAACUUUCUUCAAAUGGGAUCAGACUUCUUGAAAAAAUUUUUUUGAAGGUGACGUCAACCAAAGAAAUGCCCAAAUAUGACGUCACAAAAGGGUUAAAUGACGUCACUUUCCCUUAAAAGUCGGCCUAUGACGUCAUUCUUCUCAAAAAUGACGUCAGAACCGUAGAAUUUUUCUAAAUUUAGAUUUUCCGUCACAUGUAUCGGGAAAAGCCCGAUUUCUGAAUUUCAAAACUUUCAGAAGACCAGAAAAAGUUCGACUUUUCCGUCUGCCUAGCCCCGAUUUUCGGCUCCAGCCCAAAAUGGCUGCUUCUCGUCGAAUUUAUCGAAUUCUACAGGCUUCAGGUUGAUUUUAGGCACAGUUUUCAAAUUGUAAAAUAAUGAAAAAAUGAUUUUCUUUUUUUCCAGGGCGCCGAAAACUUCCUGAUUUAUGUUCAAGAAAUCAGCAAUGUGACAGAAAAAGUGCUCGAGAAUUACGUUUCGUCGGGAAUUUUGAGGACAAUAAAAAUGGGAAAUUCGACGAAAUGUUUGAAAAAGCACCGGUGUCGCCAUGAGCUUCAACUCCAGGUGAAAGUUCGAAAAGAGUAGAAUCCAAAAAUUGUACAAAAAUCAUAAUUGUCCAUGGAGUGCUCAAGACCUGGCAUUCGUGGCUAUUUUUUCUAACCCCAAUUUUUUAGGACUGUAUAAUGCGAACCAGAGGAGCGUCGAAAUGGGUAGCUACCGUUGAUUUGGACGAAAGGAUCAUGGAAAUUGAUCAAAAUCGGAAAAUUGUCGACUUUUUGAGGUUGAUCAAUGCGAUGGUCGCAUUUGGAAUGGCUCGAAGACGCGACCGACUUGAAAUCAGAGCUCAUUUAAGCCAUUCCAAACGCGGCCACUUCGAGUUAUAUAUCAUUUUUCUGAGAUUUCAGGGACCAAGAAAACCCGAAAAUCGGAGAAAAUCGAUUCCGAUGCUCCUGGAUUUUACGCUAUGAGGAUAUUCCUGAAUCUUUGGAAAAAGUUGAAGAAAUGGAAAAUUUUCUUCCGAUGCUGGCCUGGCACAAUACAAGCCACGUGGCGCCGCAGAAUCACACGACGAAAAGUGUCGUCCGACCUGAAACGGUUUUCGCUCGCUUGAAAAGUUUUGAGUGGUCUGCGCUUUUUUGCUUGAGGGAGAGAUAAGAGAGCGCAGACAUGUCAGACUGCUCUGAGACUCGUGUAAUGAAUGGGGGGAUAGAGAUUUUCAGAAAAUGAUUCAAAAUCAGCCGAAAAUUGGUUUUGAAGCUCAUUUUUUCAAGCUGGAGAAGGAUUUUAGUUGUUUCUGUCUUAUUAAGGUCGAAUCGAUGGGAGUUCACGGGGUUCAAAAGUUCAAAAAGGGGUUCGACGUCAACCUGGUCGACCCGGGAAUCGCCCUAGUUCGGUAA